AUGGGCGCUAUCAAGUACAUGGAUCUUAAGUUCGACAGUGUGACGUGGACAGAUGACUUUGAAAGCCCCUUCAUCUGUGAGGCGUCCGGAGGUUCCAUGGGCUUUACCGGCGUGAGAACUGCCAGCGGUGUUCCAGUUGUACGCGCCCUGGCCAAGGAUUUGAAGCUCUCAAAAGCUGAGCUUUUGAAGAACGCCAUAUUUGACGAUCGGGACGAAUUCGAGGUUCAUGAGCUGUUAUUUUCUGUCAUUGGCUGUGAUAAGGAUGAGAACAGCAUGGAGAUCAUGGACGGCGGAUCAUGGGUAAAGGUUUGCUAG